GCACACCUUCGCUACUCCAGACAGUGAUGAACUGUAGUCCGUUGGUCAAAGAAGGAUAUACACUCAGUCUGCGGGGCCCAAGCCAAUGCAGCAUGAAAGAGUGCUCUUUUAUAUGGCUGGCUCUCCUGCUGCUGUCUCUGGUCCUGCUGGCCUCAGUGUGUCUAAAUCUUAUAUUGUGUUUACUCAGACACAAACGGUCGACACAAUGUAAAGAUCAAAAUGCUUCCAGAGAUAGUGUGCCACAGGACGAAGAAGCCUAUUCAAGGGAUACAGAUAACUGUACACCAGAAGAAAAUUCCCAUAGCGUUCAUUUGCAACAGGAAAAUCCUAUUUAUGGCAACAUUACCACCAAAGACACAGGUUGUGUUGUUUAUGAAGAGAUGGCAGUCAGAGCAAGAGGUCGUACUAAGCCUGCAGAGUCUGACCUGAAUUAUGCAUCACUGGACCUGAAGUUAGCCAAAAAACGCAAGAGGAAGCAGAGUCAUCAACAGGGCCUGGUCCCAGGGCAAGACUCUCCUCCAGACCAGCUCCAUGAUCGCCUCAUUCAGCCUCAUGUUCUGGAAGAAGAAGACGUGUGCCUCCCUCCAAUAGACCACAGCCCUAUGGGGUUCCACAGCACCAUCUACCUCAACAGUCAGCAGAUCGACCUGGAGAGGGAGGACAAUGAGGCUGUGCACUUGCCAAUGUGUGGAGAAGAGAGGGCCAUGGGCUGGAAGCCAGAGCAAGAAAGUCUGGAUGAAGUUGGUAAUGAAGAGUCUAGCAAUGACAGAAGAUCACUAGAUGAACACAAGAUGCAGGAUAACACAGAUCACAUUGUAAGAUCUGAUGUUAACAAAUUAUAGAACAUGUUUAUAAUGAGUGUGCCUUUGUAUUGUUUUUCUAUUCUGCAUUAGAGGCGAGAUAUAUCAACAUAUCAAUAAUAUAUCCUUAUUUUGUUUGUUUGUUUUAAAGAUAUGUAAUAUCAAUGUCACCAGUAGUAAACUAUGACAAAGUUGAUCUAAUAUAUUAAAAGAACUAUAGCCUCCUUGCAGUGUAAUCUUCCAUAUGGGGUGCAAUAAGGUGACAUAUCUGUAGCCUACUUUUGUUGUUAUUUUUGUUGUUUUGUUGUCUAACCUACCUUGUUUGUAUUUUGUAUGUUUGUUCACUUGUCAUAAUAAACUUCAAU